CUACAAGUUGUGAGGUGCGAUGAAGUGAGGUAAAGUGAGUCUCCACUACUCCAGACAACUAACUGCCUCAUCCUGCAUAGCUUGCUCCACUAUGACUAUGCUUAACAAGUUACGGGUACACCGUGCUCGAGUCCCGGUUUGACAAGUGAACAGUCAACGGCCCAUCCACGCCGCCACGAUCGCUAUCCCUCACUACUUUGACUCUGGAUCAUCAAUCCUCAUAGUGCAUUACAGCACCGGACGCUGAAGGAAAUUAAACGAUUAAUCACUGUUGUGAAUGUGCUCUGUUGAUCGAGGCCUCUUUGAAUGCCCUCCAACGCAUCUCAUCGUCAGUCAGCUGCUGUUGACCUCUUCCCUGGCAACGAUGAUCAUGAUCGCAUACCAACCAUCCCCCAUCACAUCCUAUCCCAUCCCAUACCUGAUACCUGAUACCUGGUUCGAAUCGGCCUCUCGUCUUCUCUUGCCUCGUAAAUCUGAUGUUGCUCUUUGUUGUUGUUGCUGCUGUUGUCAUCGACUCAUCGCGACAGGUGCAUUUAGUGGUGGAAGUGCAUCCAAUGAUCGCAUGGUUCGGGGGCAUAGGAAAAGCAACCACAUCGCCGACAAGAGCAAAACCGAGGUGGCCUACAUUGCCUCUGCCCCAGCCCCAACCGCAACCAAACAGCAGCGCAUGGAGAUGGCACCAGCACCGUCCUAUCCUGCGCGCGCUUUACCUUCUGAGCCCCUGCAAGUGCCCGCGGUUGACAGAUUCGGAAAAAGUGUGGCCGAGGUCGAUAGAGCGAACAGACGGUAGCCACCUGGUGCACACUCGUGAAAAAGUCUCUUUCCUUUCCUCGGAGGCAAGCCGCCGUGAUGCCUGGUCCUGCUGCUGGUCUUGCUGCUGCUGCUGCUGCUGCUGCUGCUCCUGGUCCUGGCCCUGGUCGCUCCUGGUCCGUUCACCAGAUCGCUCGCUCGCUCGUCUGUCUUGCUCUGUCUGUGUCUCUCUCUGCCUUGCCCUUCUUCCUUGCACCCCACCUUGUGCGUUAAGCUUGGUGGAUUUUUUACUUCCUUCACUUCCUUUUCCCACUUCCACUCUCACAUCCUGUCCCAGAUUGCCCCCCAUCCAUCAUCCAUCAUCCAUCAUCCAUCAUCCAUCCCCCCCCUUCCUCGCCCUUGUCGCCUCGUCUCUCUCGUCUCCAAACUUCACUCCCCCAGUCUCUUCUUCGGCCCCAAGUAUCAUCAACUGUCGAACGGUCGAAGCAGCAAUAAUAUCGAGCUCCGUCCAAUUGCUGACUACUGCUGGCUCGCAGGGGUACGGCACCCACUGGAGCUUGCCUCGAAUAGUCACUAAUUCUCGGAUCCUGGUCUCUCCACAGUCCAGAGCAAUAAACUCCAGAUCAUGCCCUCUAUUCUCUUUUUCUCUCCAUGCAAACCCCGCCAUAAUAAUAUAAUUGCUGGCCCUGUCACUCGGUGGCGCUGACCGCGGAUUCGACUCUUGUUUCUCUCUCCACAAAGUGCCUCACACAGAGGACCCUGCUGAUGAUCAAGGAGACCAAGCAUAUCCCGGACCGCAUCGAGCAGAUAUAGAUAGAUGC